AUGGAGGACCAGGGCGAAUGCAUCCUCACUUUCAACUCGUACGAAGAAUACGUGAAGAGCAAAAUAACCCCCGCGGAUUUGUUCUACAUUGAAGAUGUAAGAACAACUGGUGUUCGAGAUAUUCUCACUGGGACUCCAAAGCAGAGGAGUACUAAGCUGCGAAGACUUCAACAGCACUUACCAAAAAAAAAAAAAAAAGAGGAGAGUUUGAAGAAGGCAGAGGAAACAAAAGCAGAAGUGAUUCAAUACGAUAUAAACUCUCUAACGGAUCACACGAUGAAUUUUUUUUAUGCAUUAAAUUGCCACAUGCAUUUCUGUGAAGCAAAUAAAAUUUGUUCUAUCUUGUUCAUUCGUUAUGUUAAUAAAAAUCAGUCGGAGAUCAGCUCCUACAUAGACGUGAACAGUGAGAAGGUCAGGCAAAAAAUAAACCAGAAAAGGUACAUUUAUGCAAGCAAAGAUGAUUUGGCAUAUUUCAAUUGGCACAAUAAUUACACCUGCACAAAUGAUAGCCAAAAUUUCCACAUGGUUGUGAAUAAACAAGUGGGUCUCCUUUUUAAGUACACACGUGGUGGGCAGUAUUUCCUUUUGAACCCUGUGAGGAGAGAGACGAAGAUUCGUCUGAGCGACAAUAUAAGCGAGGGUGGUAGUGCGUCAGGCGGGUUGUGUCCCGGGGAGGAGGACAAAAUGAUACGUUUGUGUGAUGGGGUGCAGCGCGUGGAGCUACGCGAUGCGAACUACUUGCAGUGCAUCCUGUACUUCUUGCGUGUGUAG